UGGAUUCUUGCUUUUAUAUUUUAUCGCAAAUACAUUGACUAUUGUCAUGCAGUCUCAGCUUAGGUGAAUCUGCGGAAGCAUUGCUAUCCAUAAAAAAUGGUGGAUAUCCAUCCAUUGAUGAAAUCAAGACUGAGAUUGAAGAUGAUACAAUGGAUAUGGAUGAGCAGCAUAAUUUGAAUCACUCGGAUCAGCAAAUGGAUACAGAAGAGUCAGAACCGAUACCAGAGCUAGGACCUGCAGCUUUAGGUCUGCAAAGGGUAGGCACUCAGCCACCUUCCAAACCCAAUCCACCUACACAACCGGUACAGGUAUUGAAUCGUAGAGGGAUGCCAGCGAGAAUUAGGAAAAAGAACAAAUUGUUCUAUGAUGACAUUUUGAUCAAUCAUCCACAUCACAGAAUCAAGAAGGAUCCUUCAGCUAUAGAUGCAAAACAAUCCCCCAAAAAGAUGAUGCGGCCAUCACCAGUGAAGAGGCAGACUAAGAUGUCAACCACACCAAAAAGUACAAGUUCAUCUUCGCAAUCGCAACCAACAACUCCUGUAAUGACUCCAAUCAAGCAAGAGAAGGAGCCUGAUAAACUGUCACAACUUACAUCGCCGGAUCGUAAAAUAGGACAGAAAAUUGGCAUGAGAUUAAGAAACUUGUUAAAGCUACCGAAGGCACAUAAAUGGGUGUGUUAUGAGUGGUUUUACAGCAAUAUAGAUAAGGUGUUAUUUGAGGGCGAUAAUGACUUCAUGAUAUGUUUGAAAGAAUCGUUUCCACAAUUGAAAAGUCGCAAACUUACGCGCGUGGAAUGGUGCAAGAUUAGAAGGAUGAUGGGCAAACCGCGAAGAUGUUCGCAGUCGUUCUUCGAGGAAGAGAGACGUGAAUUAGAGAGGAAGAGGCAGAAAAUACGAAUGUUACAGCAGAGGAAGACAGCAGAUAUAAGCAGUUUCAAGGAUCUACCAUCUGAAAUACCAUUGCAAUUAGUAAUCGGUACGAAAGUGACAGCAAGAUUAAGGAAACCGCAGGAUGGUUUAUUCACUGGAAGCAUCGACGCUGUUGAUACCAGUAAUAAUACUUACAGAAUUACGUUUGAGAGAGCUGGACUUGGGACGCAUAGUGUCCCUGAUUACGAAGUUUUGUCGAAUGAACCACCGGAGACAAUCAGUUUGACAUCAUUCUCCCAGAAGUUCAGACCACGACCUUUGCAAUAUGCACCUUCAUCACCAUACAUGAUGAAGUUAUCUCCGCGAUUGACCAAUGACCCUUUAAUAUCGAAUGCAUCCGUCUCCAUUCCAAAAAAGACGAAUACCGGUGGUACAGUGAAUGGCUUUCCACUCAAAUUACUUGAACUUAUGGUCAAAGUAAAUAAGAUAUUAACAACCAAAAAGAAUAAAGUCAAGAAAUUGAAAGAAAUGAACGGAGAAGCUGAGAAGAGACGUUCUUUAGGCGAAUCGCUUCCUCCCGAUUUUGAAAAAAAAUAUGCAGGAAUUAUUGUCGAGUUGGAGAGAAUGAAUGGAGCUCUCCAAGACUUUUUGAAUGAGAUACAAGAACUAUGUCAGGAAAUGGCGCCCGAACCUAGUGUAGCAGCGAUGUUAGCACCGUCACAUCUUCGAGAAAAAUGCAAACAAGAAGCGGCAGAUAUGGUCGCUAAAAAUAACGUAAUGAACGAUAAAGAACCAGGAAAAAUGAAUCAAUUGGUAACCGAUUUAACUGCGUUGAUGUUACAAGUGAAAAGCUUAUCAGAUUCUGAUCGAAAUGCAUAUGAGCUCAAAGUAUUACAAGGUACUAUAGAGCAGAUAAGAUCAAAACUCAGCCCACAGAAUCAGCAAGUGUUUCAAAACUGCGUUGAAAUUCAUAUGCAGCACAUUCAAGUAGGCCUAGGACAGAUGGGUCCUCUUACGCCGUUUAUGGCGCAGAGAGUUUGAAGAUGGACAACUCGUAAAUUCUCACCAAGUGUACAGUAUAAUAGACGAUCACGUAUCACGAUAUUUUUAGAAAGCAAGAAACUCUAACCUUGUAUUUUCUCAUCUUGUAUAGAUUAUAUUAAUAAUGUAUUGC